UAGGUGACCAUCUAUUUAAAUUAUUUCAGUGCUUUUACCGGUCUCUCUCCUCAAUAGAAACAAGAAGUUCAACCAUGGCUGAUAUCUCUCUUGAUCAUGAAGCUGUCACCAAGGCUUUCUCAGGACUUGGAGUCGAUGAGAAGGCAUUGAUAUCGACUGUUGGGAGGUGGCAACAUGACCACAAAAACUCGUUUAGGAAGUCUAGUCCAAGCCAUUUUUUAGCAGAUAAUGAACGCCAAUUUGAGAAGUGGAAUGAGAAACAAGUUGAACUCAUCAAGCAUGAAGUUUUGCGAUUUAAGAGUGCUUUGGUGCUAUGGACCAUGCAUCCUUGGGAAAGAGAUGCUCGUUUGCUCAAGGAGGCUUUAACCAAGGGCCCUCAAGGUUAUAACUUGGUCAUUGAAAUUGCUUGCACAAGAUCGUCAGAAGAGCUUUUGGGAGCGAGGAAAGCUUACCAUUCCCUAUUCGACUCUUCAGUGGAGGAAGAUGUUGCAUCCCAUGCUUAUGGCCACGAACGCAAGUUUUUGGUAGCACUAGUGAGCGCCUACAGGUAUGAAGGUACUCGGGUGCAUGAUGGGACUGCUAAAUCUGAAGCUGAGGCUCUUCACCAUGCUAUCAAGAAUAUUCAUCCCGUCGAGGAUGAAGAGGUAGUGAGGAUAUUGUGUACAAGGAGCAAGCCCCAUCUCACGGCUAUCUUCAGACACUACAAGGAGUUGUUUGGCAAAGAACUGAAUGAGGAUCUUCAUGGUAAUCCGAGCUUAAAAGUAGCGCUGGAAUGCUUAGUUGUCCCUGCGGUGUACUUCAGUGAGGCUUUGGAUGCGGCACUGAGAAAAGGGGCUGAUGAGUUCACCCAAGAGGCUCUAACUCGAGUAAUUGUAUCUCAAGCUGAUGGUAAUAUGGAGGAGAUAAAAGCUGCAUACCAGAAGCGAUUUGGAAUUCCUUUGUCCCAGAAAAUCGAAGAGACUUGUCUCGGAAACUUCAAGGAGUUCUUGCUCACAUUGGUUGCUAGAGGGGAAUAAGCUUAUAAGCACAAACUGGCUUUUGGUGGAUGUUUUAAUUCUUCAAAUUUAUGUUUAUGUCUUUCUUGUAUGUACUCUUAUAUGUUUAUCUUAUUUAUAAGAGAUGAAGGAUUAUCCAUCAGAAUUGGCUACUUAUUAUUUGUAGGCAUCUACUUAAUAUUUACAUCUAUGAGAAAUGGUUAUUAUUGCUUGCUUUUGCCCA